AUGCCAGGCAAAGACAGCACUAAUCGCCACCUGACAAGCAUGGUGUUCGCUGCGCUUAAGGGCUACAUUGAGGACACUUCAAGUGAGAGCGACGGGGCUGACGAUAAAAUCGUGAAGCCGACGAAAAACGAUCGGCAGAAGCAUUCAUGGCUAGACGACGACGAUGAUGACGACGACAACGAAGAAGGGGGAGAGGAGGAAGAAGAAGAAGAAGAGGACGACGAAUCAAGCGAGGCAUCGCGACCACGUCCAGACCAGCCAUCAAAGAAGCGUUCUGCGAGGAAGCCAAAAAACGCAGCCACGAAGCGAAUCCAACGACAGGAGAUCGUGUCGAGUGAUGGUGACGAAGAAUCCGUCCAUCUGUCAUCAGACCCUGACUACCCAGACGACGUGGCAAGGUCUUCUGGGGUCGCUAGUGCUUCAAAGACGCGGAAAGCAGUGCCAACUCAGAGGUCAAAGACGUCUGCUGGAUUGAACAAGGAUAGAAGCAUCGAGAAGUCGGUAAAAGAGUCUGAUAAAGCACAAAACCAAAGGCAGAAGGCGUCUUCUGGAAUGCAGAAGGAAAGAAGCAUCUUGAUGUCGUCGACGACGCCUGAGAGAUCUCCAGCCCAGCGUCAGAAGGCGUCUGCUGGAGUGCGCAAGGAACGAAACGUCGAGAUGGCGUCGACGAGAAGGAAUGAAGUUUCACGAGAGAGGAAACCGCAGAAGAAGCUGGAAAAACGCGCUGAAUCCCACCAACGUCCCUCAUUGGCUCAAAAAUCGACCUUGAAAGAGAAGGAUGCAAAAAAGGCAACCCUCCAAAAAGAGCAAGGGCGUUUGGAUGGAGCGAUCUGUGAGUACACGAAGGAGGAGAAGAUGGCCUUUCUGCAGAAGGCCUACGACCUCGGUGUCAGGAACCUGGAGAUGGAGUCCUUCGGAUUUGCUGCGUUUUGCCAGAAAUUGAAGAUCAAAGAGGGGCCAGCAACGCGUGCACGAGAUGCGCGCACAGAUGACACAAAUGUCCAGUCUCCCUUUGCCCAUAGCAACGCUGCAGCAGUCUGUGAAUUGUCUGUCGUUGGAAUGGAAUGCUUUCAGGAUAUAUUGCACUACUGGCCAACUUCAGAUUGCCUUGUCGACUGGCCGCGUCUAGCCACUGCUCACCUGUUCUCUCCGUUUGAUGUCCAGCUUGGGGACAAUGUGAUCGCCCUCGAGAUUGUCUCUGCAAAGUACUAUGUACCAAAAUCGUCAGACAGGGUAGAGGCUUUGUAG